AUGUUUUUCAUUUAUAUAAUCUAAUUACUUUACGUACUGGGGUAAGAUGAGGAUCCAAUUCAUACAUCAAUCUUAUAUGGAAGUUCAGAUUUAGGAUAUUAUUAUGUUAAUAUUUAUGUUGGCAAUCCUCCCCAGAAACAAUCACUUAUAAUAGAUACUGGAAGUUCGAUAACAGCUUUCCCUUGUGAUGCAUGUGAUUAAAAGACAUAAUGUGGAAUUCAUUUAGAUUAAUUUUAUAGUAGAAAUGAAUCAUCAACAUAUGAAGAACUAAAUUGUAAAAGUUAAUUUGGAGAAUGCACUUGUUUAAGAUGUUUAAGUAAUUUAUGCGGUUUUUCAAUUUCUUAUUCAGAAGGAUCACAUCUUGAAGGAUUUUAUUUAAAUGAUAAUGUAAUUUUUGGGGAUUUGUUAAUGGAAGCUAAGAAUUCAUUAGAUGAGUCAAUUUCAAGAAAGGAUACUAGUGUGAGAAGUGUUUUUGGAUGUACUACUAGAGAAACAAAUCUAUUUAAAACAUAAUUAGCAAAUGGUAUAAUGGGUUUAUCUCCUAAGACAAAUACUAGUUUUGCCUUCCCAAACAUAGUAGAUGAUAUUCAUUAAUAACAUGGUAUGAAAUUAUUCUUUGCAAUUUGCAUUGGUAGAAUUGAUGGUUAUAUGACAAUCGGGGAAUAUGAUUACAGUAGACAUUAGCAUAAUAGUGCUUAUUACACAAUUAAAUACUAACCUCAAAAUCAUGUAUAUGGAGUAAAAAUCUCAUAAAUUAGAGUGAAUAAUAAAACUAUUCUUGCUGGAGCUGAUUUAUAAUCAGGAAGAGGAUCAUUUAUUGACUCUGGUGCUACUCUUGUAAAUGCUCAUUCAGAUGUAUCUAAAGCAUUAAUUAAUUUUUUUGUUUGUAAUUCUCCAAACUGUCCUGAAAAAUAAUUUUAAGAUGGGCUUGCAUGUUAUACAUAUAAUAAAACCCUUCAUGGAACAUUUGAGUAAUUUAUUUCAUUCUUUCCAACUUAUUAAUUUUAAAUGGAAAACAAUUUUUUAUUUGAUUGGACUCCAAAUGAUUAUUUAACAAAAGAUAUUUUUAUUCAUGAUGCCUAUUGCUUACCUGUUGUAGACUAUUAUGGUGAUACAAGAAUGGUAUUAGGUUAAGUAUGGAUGAGAAAUUGGGAUAUAGGUUUUGACAAAGAAAGUCAAACACUAACUUUUGUAAAAAGUAAUUGUUCUUCAGAUAAUCUUAAACAUAAUUUUACUACUGAUGAUUGGUUUAAAAAUGAAUUGAAUUACUCUAUUCUCACUGUAAAAUAAAGAUAUCCUCCAAAAAAUGUUGAUCAAGAAUUUCGUAUUUAAGAAAAUUUAUUUUUUAGUUUAUGAAGCUAUCAAAAUAUUUAUUGUGGUUAUUACAUCGAUUAUCAUUAUCUUAAUUAUUGUGUACAUUAGAAAGAGAAAGCUAAAUAAAAAGAUUAAAAAGCCAUAAAAAUUACCAGAACUUGAGGAUGAAUCAUAAAAAAAUGUAGAAUAAAAAGUUGUUGUUGUUAGAUGA